ACCACGUGUCUCACCUCCUCUCCGGAGGCGCUAUUUACCGCGGACGCGUUGACCAGACGUCCACACUAAAGGUCCGGCGAGGAUCCGGCUGCACCGCGGUGGAAACGCGCGACACGACUUCUGCCGCACACGCGAAAUUAGACGCAAACUUCGUGCACGCGCGAUUAGUUGUCCGAUGGCGCCGCAAACGCACGUUCUGUCGGAGCCCAAACACGAGAUCGUCCGUCACAUCGACGAAGCCAAGGAGCGGCUCCACAGCCUCAGCCGGGAGAUCUGGACUUGUCCCGAACUCGCGUACGAGGAAAGGAAGGCCCACGACAGCCUGGUGGCGUUUUUCUCCCAGGAUGGAGGCUGGACGGUCGACCGUCAUUUCAAGCUGGAGACGGCGUUCCGUGCCACAUGGGGACCCGGGGGCGCCGACGAGGGCCGAGUGGUGCACGUCGGUUUCGUGUGCGAGUACGACGCGCUGCCCGGCAUCGGACACGCCUGCGGACACAACCUGAUAGCCGAGGUCGGAGCCGCUGCCGGGCUCGGCUUGAAAACUCUGCUGGAGAACAGCCCCAACUUCCCUGCACGGGUUCAGGUGACUGUGUUGGGGACACCUGCUGAGGAGGAUGGUGGCGGUAAAAUAGAUCUGAUAAGGGAGGGAGCCUUUGACGGACUAGACGUGGUAUUUAUGGCCCACCCCUCCCAAGAAGACGCGCCGUACCUGCCAUGUGUUGCUGAACUUGACGUUAUUGUAAAAUACCACGGCAAGGCCUCCCAUGCGUCGGCGUACCCGUGGGAGGGGGUCAACGCUCUGGACGCAGCGGUGCUGUGCUACAACAGCCUGUCGGUGCUCAGACAGCAGAUCAAGCCCAACUGGAGGAUUCAUGGUGUCAUAAAACACGGCGGGGUGAAACCCAACAUCAUUCCUGCCUACACUGAGUUGGAGUAUUUUCUGCGCACCCCCUCACGCGGCGAGCUUCCCCUCAUCAAGUCAAAAGUGGAGAGGUGUUUGAGAGCAGCGGCCAUGGCAACCGGCUGUGAAGUGGAAGUCCAGUUUGCGAGAAAUGUGUUUGACAACAUGUUGCAGAACGCUACGCUGGAAGAGUUGUACAAGAGAAACGGCAGAGCUUUAGGAAUGGAGUUCACCACAGACACGGAAGUUCUUACGAACGCCUCGGGCUCCACGGACUUUGGCAAUGUGUCAUUUAUAGUUCCUGGAAUACACCCGUAUUUCUACAUUGGCUCCGAUGCUCUUAACCACACUGAGGAAUACACUGCAGCUGCCGGUGAUGAAAAAGCUCAGUUCUACACCCUGCGGGCAGCGAAGGCUUUGGCCAUGACAGCUCUGGAUGUGCUGUUGUAUCCGGAGCUGCUCCACAGGGUGAAGGAGGAGUUCGCUGCGGCCAGGCUAAAGGAGGAGAGACUCCUGAAUGGCGAACAUGCAGAGGACACCUCAAAACUCAAGUAUGACAACUUACAGGGGGCCGCUGACCAGAAUUAAACUCCCUUCAGAGAGACAGACAGCGUGUUAGCUUCAUAAAGGUCAAAUGUAUUUGAUAAAAUGCAACUGCCCAUUGUAAAGUAUACCUUUCCUGUAUUAGAACUUUUUUUUAAUUUAAUUUCACUUGAAGCUUUAUCAAAAGCACUGAAAUGUUCACCAGAUGUAUUAUAUGCUCGUUAAUAUAGUUGCGGAUGAUGUUGUUCGUCACUAUGCGGCACGUUUUAAUCUUGAAUAUUGUAGAGGCAGAUAAUAUUGACCAUAUGUCAUCACAGACAUGGGAGAAAAUGUUUACUAUAACAAAACUGGGUUUUUUAUUGUCAUUGUCAAAGUUCAUUUUUUUGCCUACAAAUUUAGGCGAUAAAAUGACUCCCACAGGCCUACUGCAAAUUGAAAAUUACUUAACUGAUGAAACCUUUGCAGCAAUUCUGAAUGUCCUCAUAUUGCUUAAUCACUGGUCACAAUGAUGGGUAAAUGACUUGUUCAUUCUUUCUUGAGAAGUGACGUUGUCUUGUCAAGGUCACUUGGGAAAGCCAGGCCCUCACAUUGCCAGGGUCGGCGUUUUGAUCCCCAUUUGGAUGGAUCAUAAAAACUGUAUGGUGUUUCGGAUGCAAUGUUUGUUCCUUUAAAAGUGCUGAAGUUGGGAAGGAGAAUAAAUGAGAGGAAGUGCAGUGACUUUGUAAAGUCUCAUCAGAUCCUGAACACCAGAGUGCUCUCUCCUGUUCGUUUAUUGCCUGAAGAAUUGAGGUAAUCGCGUUAAUCGAGGCGUUUGUGAGGUGGGUGAUUGAGGCCUGGAAAGUUGGCAUGUUCGUAAGUCUUGCUCGCUCUGUGGUAUGUAUCCAUGUCACCGCUAGGUGGCAGUAAUGUAGCAGCGUUGGAUGAUGACGUUCGUCAAAAAAAUAAAGGAAGGAAGAGAAUAAACACACCACCGCUGGUCAUUAUGAAUAAUCCAAACAGCAACGCAGCGACACCCACAUCAUACGAUGGCUUA